AUUAUAGUUGUGUUUAUUAGAAUUUAAAUUAAGUAAAAAUUACUAUAAUUUAUUACUUAAAACUUACCGUUCUUAUUAUUUUUCAACAAACGAUUGCAAAGAUGACACAAGUGAUUUUAUAUCAAAUCAAAGUUUUAGCUGUUAUUUAACUGUAAAAAUUAUUAUGAAUUUUUAUGAAUAAAUAAUAUUUUUAAUUCAAUAUGUUUCCUACUAAACUUAAAGCUUUGAAUGCUUCUACUUCAGACGAAAGUAGCGAUGACGAAGAGGCACCAGUUAAGAUCACAAAAGAAGCAUUAGAAACUAAGGCUGAACUUCAGUAUAGCCAAGCUCUUCAGUUUUUAGCUAGAGAUAAAUUGGAUGAAGCCGAAGAUGAAUUAUUUAAGUUGCUUCAAAGUGAAAUUAUUAGUUCUUUAAAUACAACACUUAAUCAAAAGGAUUCUUCUAAAUCAGUUUUAACACAUUUGAAAUAUUGUUGUUUGACUAAUUUAGGAAAUAUUUUAGCAAAUAAAUCUAAUUAUCAAAAAGCCUUAAUAUAUUAUCAAGAGGCUUUAUUAAUGGAUAAUACAGAUUUGAAUCUCUGGUAUAAAAUAGGACUUACACAUAGUAAAAUGUACCAAACUGAUCAAGCUAUAUCAGCAUUUUUAGAGGGUUUAAAAUGUAAUCCACAUCAUUGGCCAAGUUUAGAUAAUUUAAUUACGUUAUUGUUUGCAAGUAAUGAGUAUAUUUGCUGUUUACAUUACAUAAGUAUAACUCUGAAUUUAGAUCCAGAAUAUUUGAAAGGACAUUUUAUUAAAGAGAUUAUUUAUAAUAAAUUUCCUUCUUUAGUAUCAUAUUUUAAAAGUUAUUGUCCUAAUGGAGGUUUAGAUGUAGAGUGCACAGAAGAAAUUGAUGAAGAUAUUAAGCAAAGAAUUCUAAAAGAAAUAAAUAAUAUAAAAACAAACGAUACAUGUUUGGGAUUAAACAAAAUUUCUAGAUCUAAUGAAUGCUCAUUGAUAAUUUAUGCAAAAAUAUCUGAUUUUAAAAAUUUUUGCAAUUUAGGAAAAUGGUUAUUAAAUAUUUAUAAUAAUUUAUUUGAAAAUCAUGACCAUUUGCUGUUAUAUCAAGUAAUUAAAUUCUAUGAUGAAACUUCAGAACAAAUUGAUUCAGAUAACUACUUAAAGUUAGACAUUAUGAAGGGGGAUAAUUUUGAUAAUCCAUUAUUUAAACAUGAAGUUAACACAACAAAACGAAGAAAAAGCUCCCCAUCUUUAGCAGAUCAAUUGAAACUUAGUCGAAGAUCGGCGCGAAAUAAAGCUAAUAAUAAAGUUAAUGAGUCAUCACUUGCAAAAACUGUUUGGGAUAUAAUACCAGAACAUUUAGGGUUCAAUAAAGAUGGUAGUGAUAAAAUGACUCUCACUUCAAUAAAAUGGUCAGAUGACUCAAUGGACACAAUGGAUUUAUACAGACUAUAUGAAUUUUCAGAUGUGCUUAGUGAUGGACAAACUGAAAAUUUGCUUAAAAACAAUUUAUCUGAUGAAGAACGUCAAAAGUUAAUAAAUAAAGAAGGUUUUUUUGGUACUGAUCUUGAGAAAGAAGAAGUAAUUUCUUUUUUAAAAAUGAAUGAAAAUAAAUCAAUUUCUGAUUUACUGCAAAUCUAUUUGACUUUUAUUACUUUUAAGUGGAAUUAUGCAUGGCCUUUGGAUUUGAUAACAAUAUAUAUUGAUUUAUUUAAAAGAGUGUGGAUUCAUACUGAAACUCAAAAUAUUAUCAGUAUUAAUAAAACUGACUUAUACUUAUUGGACAAUGAAAAGAUUACUAAAGUAAAAAAUGAUAUUAUAUCUGUACUUACUUAUGGAGAACUACUCUGUGAUCUUUAUUUUCAAUUAAGACUUGACCAUAAACCUUUGGAAGGAAGUAUAUUAGGUGGUGAAUUUUGUACUUUAUGGAUGGGUGAUAUAGAUGACAUUCUCUCAAUGUUAGAUUUAAAAGAAGAUCAUGAAAGUAUUACUAUUCGGUUUUAUUGGUUACAAGCAUUAUUUCAUUUACAAGAAAAAGAAAUUGGGCUCACAUGUGACGUGCUUAAUACAUUAUCAUCUAUUUUAAAUAAUUAUGAAGAUUAUGAAAUUGUGAUACCAAAUAUAGAAUAUUUUUAUAGAAUUAAUAAGAAAAUAGUUGAAAAACUUAUUAUUACAUUAAAACGUAAUAAAAUUCUCAGUACUGUGAAGGACUUGUAUGAAGCACAGGACUUUAAUACUGUUACUGAAAUCUUAAAAGAAACAUUGAAGUCUCAAAGCCGUACAACUAUAGAAAUACCUAACUAUCAAACUAUGACUCGAUUAAAUCAAUAUAUAUAUCUGUUAAAAUCAUUUUUUGAAUUGAAAAACUAUAAUGAAUUAUUCAAGUGGUGUGAGCCAUGUUUAUAUGAAGCUAUAUUACAACACCGUAAAAGUUUAAUUGAAGAAUGUGAUUCAAUCCAAAAAACCAGUCAAGCUGAAUUUAUAAAUAAUAUUUUUAAUGCAAUGUUAGAAUCAAUAAGAAUUGUUGGACUUCAAAUUUUUGAUGACUUACCUCAUGGAUUUAAGUCUAGGCUACUACAAUCAGUAAUAAAUUUACUAUCAUAUCUCAUUGAAACAGUUGAAGGAAAUCCGGAAAUUGAUGCAAUAUCUCCGUGGUUGUUAAUUUAUAAUCUAUUAAAGCAUGAAGAGUCAAGAGAAAGUUCAGUAUCUUUACAAGUGUCCAGUAUCCCUCAGUCAUUGUCAUUAUUAAUUCUUGGACAUGAAUAUUUAGGAAAAAGAUCAUGGUGUUGUUUUGAAGAUGGCGUUCUUCUCUACUUAAUAUUAUGUGAAAUAGAACCCUACAUUCAUUUAGAUAUUUAUACUGAAACACUUGCACAACAUGUAGAACAAAUAUUUCAAUGUUUGUAUACAAAUUUAAUGAAACGUAAUAACAAACCUCGUGGUGUACAACUACAACAACAUAAUUCUAUGGGUCUUGCUCUGACAUGGCCUCGUGCUAGACAAUUAGCCUAUUUUCAUCAACCCAUAGAACUGCCUACUUUUGAUGGUGUGUAUAAAUUUUUUUCUGUGAAUUGUGAUACGGAAAUAAUAUUCAAAAAAGUAAUUGCUUUAAUUCCUAAUGAAAUCAAACCAGAUCGAUAUUUAGAUACUUUAAUGGAGUUUAUAAGAGGUGAAUCUAAUAAUCUUCCAGCGAAUGAUAAUCCACUACCUAAAGAUGUUGAACAUGUUUUCUAUCUUCUAGCUGAUUACAACUUUAAAAAUAAAAAUUGGAAUAAAGCUAUACGAUAUUAUUUACUUGAUCUUUGCAAUAAAAUAAAUCGCUUUGAUUCAUGGGCAGCUAUGGCUUUGGCAAGAGGUAGUCAAAUUGAAACAAAGUUAAAUUCUUGUGAAUCUAUAAAAAAUGAAGGAGAUAUAAUUAGAAGAGCUCAUAUGACUGGAAGAUGUUAUAAACAUUCAUUAAAGAUAAAUCCUGAAAAUACUACAUUAUUAAUAGAAUAUGGUACAUUUACAUAUAGUAUUCACUCAUACUGCUCACGUUUAUUAAAACAAGAAACAUCUAGUAUGAGUUUGCAAAUGUUUGGAGAGCUUGAAAAAGAAAAAGAAAAAAUGAUAAAAGUUGCACGAAAAUGUUUUGAAUCAGCAAACAAUGUAUGGGAGUACACAGAUUGUGAUGCUCAAGAUGAAAGAUGGGUACACCAUUAUAUACUUGGAAAAAUAGCAGAAAAAAGUGAUGAUAAUCCUUCUAUAUUUAUGAAGCAUUAUUUAAAAGCUAUAGAAUAUUUAGAUUCAUACGGAGCUAAGUAUCCUGAUCAUAUUCAAUAUACUACUCCAUUAUUAUAUUCUAUUGAAGUAUUGGAGAUUUUUUAUAGAAUGCAUGCGGGUACUUUAAAAUUACUUGAAAAGUAUGAUAAUAAUUCCCUAAAUGAAGAAUUAUUAAUUGAAAUUGAAAAAGCUUUAGAUCAAAUAUCAAAUAGCUCCCCUGUAUGCAAUAAAAACAAUAAAUCAAACUUUCAAUUUUCAAAUUGUAAAAUAAAUGAUGCAGAAGAAUUGGAUAUAGUUGUUAAACAAACUUUAGAUUGCAUUCUCAAUGAAGUUUUUGAAUCCAAAAAGAUAGAAAAUACUCAUUAUAUCAUUAAAACAAGUUAUAAAGCUAGCAAGUGUUUAAAUCAAGAAAGGAAUAACUUAACCUUUAAUGAGAAAUACUUGGAAUUCCCAAUAGUGCAGGAAGAUAUGCUAGUACCUAUAAAAAAAAUUAAGUUGGAUUGUAUUCAAGGAAAUAACCAUUUAUCUCAAUUACAUUUGAAAUUGAUCCAACGUUGCAUAAAUGCUUUAGAAGACUGUAUAAAGAGAUUUCCUCAACAUUAUAAAUCUUACUACAGAUUAGCUCAUUUUUAUUUUCGAUCAUCUACUCACAAAAAUUUUACAAAAUGUAAGGAAUUACUACUAGGGAGUCGUGGUUUAUUUGCUGGCCAAAAAAAUCACAAUUUUUUUCAAGGUAUUUGGCGAAUACCAGUUUGUGAAAUUGAUAGACCAGGGUCAUUUGCAUAUCAUAUGAGUAGAUGUAUUCAUUUGCUAUUGGACUUUCUAAAGGAAACGGGUGAUUACAAAUCAUUGUUAGACUUAGCUAUUCAGUUAAAAAAUAUUCCUGAACCAGAAAAAAAAUAUUUACGUGAUGAUGAACGGGAAGGUAUUUCUAAAGAAGCUUUAUUUCUUAGUAUUCAAAUACUGCGAAAACUUAAGUUAGAAAAUUCAAAAUUUAAUAAUCAAUCUAAAAAUGAACUUUUAUUAGUUGAAGUGUAUAAAAUUUACAAAAAAGUGAUGAAGCACUGGCAGCAAAAAGAAAACACAAUAUCAUUAUCUAAAUUAUUACUAAAUAUAUACCAGAAUAUUUUAGGAACUAAGGAAGAGGUUUCUAUUGAUGUAAUAAUAAAGCAUGCUCAAAAGCUUGACAAACAAAAAGAGACUGGGAAGGUUAUAUGUUCUACAACUGCACAAUCAAAAUCUGCAGUAAAACCAGAAUCUCUUCAAACAUCAACUCCUUUACCUCCCAAAUCGCAAAAAAGAUCAUUUCAUCCUGAUCCAUCUUCUAGUAUACCUUAUUAUCAAGAUUUAUCAAAUCAAUUAUUGUCUUUUAUGUCUUCAUUGCAAAAUCCAAAUAAAUGUCCUUCACCAAUUCAGUUAAGUAACAGUGAUAUUACAUUACAACAGAAACUACAAGCAACUAAACAAAAACUGAAACGUAGUCACAAGCAAAAACAUUUUGUCUCCAUUAAUAAAUCACCUAUUAAUAACUUGUUGGAACAACCUAAUAUGAAUGCAUUUCAGUAUGAAAAAUCAAAAAAAAAUCUGAAUAUUAAUUAUGGAGAGUCAAAAUUUGUUCAAAAUUUUAAAUCACGUGAAUUAGAUAUAAAUUAUACUCCACAAAGUUCAAAGAAUAUUAACACCAGUAAAAUUAAUGAAUCUAAAAUAAGUCCCCAUUUUAAAUCUACAAUAGAGUUAGAAGUAGGUAGAAAAUUGAGUUGUGUUAGAUCAAAUAAAUUGUCAAAAGGGCAAUCUUUAGAAAAAUCAAAAUUUAACAGUGUAAUAAACUAUGAAAAAAUCAGACCAGUAGAAUUUAAUCAAAUAAAUAAUAUUCAUGAAAAAAACUUCAUCAAAGGAAAAGUCAAACAGUCUAAUUUGGUUAAACCAAAUUCGGUAUAUAUUGAUUUAGAUUCUGCUGCAGAACAGGCUCGAUUACAAUCUAAUGUAUUUCAAAAUAAAAUAGAAAUGAAAAAUACACCUAUUUCUCUAAAUCCAGCAACAUUGCUAUCAUCUUGUCCUGGUUUAAGUAUAACUCCUGUUGUAAAUUCAAAUGAUAAUAUAAACAUACACAAAGGUCCACACUACUCAAAUAGUAUUCCCUCAUCUCAAAAUUUUAAUUUUCAACAAGCAAUUCAGCAACUUGGAAAAAAUUUAACAAUUACCAAAACUGAAAAAAAUAGUAACAAUGGUAAUAAAUCAAUUUCAGAAAUAAUUUUCAUAGAUUAACUUUAAAUUAACUGUCAAUUUUUUUCCUAUAUUAAAUAUAAAUAUAUUUUUGAUCUAUACUUUUUUUAAAUCUUAUUAUUUAAAUUAAAAAAGUGCACAUUUAAAUUUAUUGUGUGGCUUGGUAAUUAUUGUGUGAAGUUAUACAUUUAUAUCAGUAUUAAUGUUAGUAGUUUUCUAUUUUCUGUUUUUUCUUUUUUAAUAUCUAGUCAAAUGGUGUUGUAGUAAUUGUAAUUAAUUAUAUGUAUUGUCUUAUUUUAUCUUCAAUGUGUAUAUAAUUAUCAUGAUUUUUUGACAUUAAUUUAUACUAAAAUUAUUAUUUUUUCUACAAGAUAUUUGAAACCUAAUAAAUAAGUAUAUUUUUUAAU